UUCCAGGAGCCAUGUCAGCCUCCAAUAUCACCUCAACCCAUCCAGCUGUCUUCUUGUUGGUAGGGAUUCCAGGUUUGGAGCACCUGCACAUCUGGAUCUCCAUUCCCUUCUGCUUCGCCUAUACAGUGGCCCUUUUGGGCAACUGCACCCUGCUCUUCGUCAUCCAUUCUGAUACAGCCCUUCAUGAACCCAUGUACUUCUUCCUGGCCAUGUUGGCAGCCAUUGACCUGGUUCUCUCCUCCACGACACUGCCCAAAAUGCUUGCCAUAUUCUGGUUCAGGGAUAGGGAAAUCAACUUCCAUGCCUGCCUGGUCCAGAUGUUCUUUCUUCACUCCUUCUCCAUCAUGGAGUCAGCAGUGCUAUUGGCCAUGGCCUUUGAUCGCUAUGUGGCCAUCUGCAAGCCAUUGCACUACACCACGGUACUGACCAGGCAGCUAAUCACCAGGAUUGGCAUGGCUAUUGUGGGCCGGGCUUUGGCACUAGUGAUGCCAGUACCCUUUCUACUGAAGCGGUUCUACUAUUGUAGAGGGCAAGUGAUUGCCCACUGUUACUGUGAGCACAUGGCUGUGGUAAGGCUGGCCUGUGGAGACACUCGCUUCAACAAUAUCUAUGGCAUUGCUGUGGCCAUGUUCAUUGUGGUGUUGGAUCUUCUGUUUGUUACCCUAUCCUAUAUCUUUAUCCUUCAGGCUGUUCUGCAGCUUGCCUCUCAGGAAGCUCGCCACAAGGCAUUUGGGACAUGUGUCUCUCACAUAGGUGCUAUUCUAGCCUUCUAUACACCUGUGGUCAUUUCCUCAGUCAUGCAUCGUGUAGUCCGGAGGGCUGCCCCCCAUGUCCACAUUCUCCUUGCUAUCUUCUAUCUGCUUUUCCCACCCAUGUUAAAUCCUAUCAUCUAUGGUGUUAAGACCAAGCAGAUUCGUGACCAUGUGCUCAGUCUAUUCCAGAGAAAGGGUGUGUAG